GACAUGGCUACAGUGAGGAGCAGCACAGAGAACCAGAUGGCCAUGACCUUGGUACCUGCUGACAACCGUUCCUGGAUUGGCCUGUUUAAUGAUGGGAGAUUUUACUGGUCUGAUGGAAGCUCUGUCCUCUUCGAAAACUGGGAUAAUGGUUAUAAUCCAAUUGGCUCAAUGACAGUCGUAUGUGGUGUUACAUCUAUUGACAACUCAGGAAAAUUCAACUUUUUCUCCUGUGAAACAAAACUACCGUUUGUCUGCUACAGCAUUUAUUCACCAAAGAAGCAGGUUGUAAAGAUGAUACUGGAAACAAAGGACUCUGUGGAUCUGAAUGACCCUGUUCUUAAAGCAAACAUCUUGAAAAAGCUGCAGGAUAGACUUGAGGAGCACAGAGUGACCGGAGUCACACUUAAAUGGAAGGAGCAUCCUGGUGGGGAAGUUUUCAGGAAGGAGAAGAACCUAAAGAAGACUGACCUCUGAAAUAGUUUUUUUUAAU